GGGUGACCGACUACUUAUACUAAGUGGAGAGGGUUAAGGGCAAGGCUACCGCACAGUAGGUAAGGGUAAAGGGGAAACAGGAAUGGUAUAGGUGCGCUGGCAUCAGAGCCGGAUUAGUGAUGGAUGGUCAAAAUGUGGAAUGAGACCGAGAAACGUUGGAACGGACCAACGGUAAGAAUACAACGUGCGGGAAUCCGCAGUCAGGGGAAACAGAAAGAGGAAAGCCACAUUGGUGGCACGAGUCAGAGGUGCGGGACCACAUUGGUGGUCGAAUCAAGAGAGGAACGUGCGUACACGUGCAUAGAGGCGGAUGAUGCGAGGGACGGGAACGGUCCCGAGGAUCCGAUCAACGGAAAGUCGGUAAAGGAGGACGAGCCGGUAGAUGGUGAGGGCGAGGAUGAGGGGAAAAUGAUAGGGGGGCCACGUGACCGAUGUUACUUGUAA